AUGCAGAAAAACACUUCGCUCCAUCCAGAUGAGGUUACCUACAACACACUGCUCGAUGGCUGUGCCCGCUAUGGGCUUUUCGAUCGUGGCCUGGAAGUCCUUGCCGACAUGCGAAGGGCUGGUGUACCUCCUAGCAACUACACGCUCUCCGUGAUUGCUAAGCUCGCGAACCGCAGCAAGAAACCAAAGAAGGCGUUCGAGAUGGUGGACACCUUGCGGAAAGAGUUUGGACUCAAGCUGAACAUGCAUGUCUACAACAACCUCAUCCACGCAGCUACUUGCGAUAGUAACAUGAUGAAAGCACAAGAAGUCUUCGGCACUAUGCUUGACGAGCGAGUUCGACCAGAUGGACGCACCUACACUUUGCUGCUCAGGUUCUGCAUUACGCAAAAGGCAGCCGUGCCUGCGACGGCACUGCUCAGGACAGCUUUUGGAUUGAAGCACCAAAAGGAGGAUUUGGUGAAGACCGGCAGCGAAGAUUCUUUGCACCCUCUACUGGUCAAAGCCCUUCUGCGCUCAUGCCACUGGGCAGCUGCACCCCUCCGCGGCAACUCUGCUUUGCAGGAAGAAGUUAUCCAGGACACCUUCGACUUCCUGUCGCGCAGCAUCGAUUCAUCUGGUGUGCCCAAGCUUCUGGCAGACGUACAGAAGUCACUGCCCUCGUUGAAGCUCCCGAAGUCCACUACGAGCAGAAUCUUUGCCAAGCCCUGA